AUGGAGUUCAUUUCCAACCCGUUCUACAUUGGAGGCGACUCGUACUCUGGAAACCCAGUCCCCAUAAUCACACAAAUAAUAUCAAAUGGAAACGAAGUUGGCAUUAAGCCUUACAUUAAUAUAAAGGGAUACCUACUCGGGAACCCUUUGACAUUCCCAGAAGAAGACAAUUAUAAAAUACGAUUUGCAAAUGGUAUGGGGCUUAUUUCCGAUGAACUCUACAAGUCACUGUUCCACAGUUGUCAAGGCGAGUAUCGAUUGGACUACAUAAACCCAGAUAAUGUAGAAUGUCUGCAAAAUCUUGAGUUAUACGAGAAAUGUAUAGACGGGAUCCAACAGCCCCAAGUAUUAGAACCAUAUUGUGGUGAUACUGAAUCGCCAAUCAAACUACCUAGCCAAAUGUUGUCUAAAGAGCGACGUCUACUUUCUGCGUUUUAUUGUCGGUUUGAUGAAACACGUCUAGCUUAUUACUGGGCAAAUGAUGUCAGCGUUAGAGAAGCAUUGCGAAUCAGAAAGGAAAGCAUUGGAACCUGGAUAAGAUGCAAUUAUGAUUUAAAUUUCACGACGAUAGUAGAUGAUAUCAGACCUUAUCAUCUCAACCUCAGCAACAAGGAUUAUCGAUCACUUGUAUACAGUGGUGACCACGAUAUGGUUAUUCCUCACCAAUCGACUCAAGCAUGGAUAAAAGACCUUGGCUACACUGCUAUUGAUCAAUGGCGAUCAUGGAAGGUUCAUGGUCAAAUCGCAGGGUACACAGAGACUUAUUCCAAUAGAAUGACAUAUGCCACUGUAAAGGGUGGGGGGCACACAGCCCCCGAGUACAAGCCCGAAGAGUGUUUUGUGAUGUUCAAGAGGUGGAUACAUGGUCAACCAUUAUCUAGAACGUCGUCGAUCAUGAGGGUUUCGUCGCCUUUCAUCUUCUCGUUUGACUUGAUUGUUCCUCAGCAAAACCUAGCUCAAAGCAAACCCUCAUUUGCAGAUCUGUUUCCAUCGCUGGAGAAGAAACAAAGAUUUAGUCUAUUUAUUUAUUACGUUUUAGUUACAAAAUCGGGUAUAAACCGAUACCCAUAUCAAACGGAUGACCCGAGACCGCAUAACAUUCUUAAGAACCCUCUCCCGAGCGGAGUAGAAGAGAAGGACAUCAUGAACUUGAAUGCGAACUCGGUUGAUUCACUGGUGGCUGAAAUUCAAGGGUUUUCGGGAAGUUCUCAAGACGUAAAUCACUUGAACAAUCUUCUGAAGCAAUCUGAGGACGUUAUACGCUCUCAGGCUGCAACUUUUGCUUCAUGUCUCACUCAACUUGACCCUUCCAUUCAUUCCCUUGGUUACCUCUACAUUCUGGAAGCAUGUACAGCAGGUCCAAUUCCAGAAGCACAAGCAAACGAACUUGUUCUUUCUGUUGUCAGAUUCAUUGAUGUAUGCAGUGUAGCACAGAUCCGCUUGGUGCCUGACAAAUUUAUAUCCAUUUGUAAAAGAUUGCAUGAACAAGUUAUGAUUCUUGGUGCCCCUAUGAGAGCAGUGGCUCCUCUCUUAACUGCUAUCCGCAAGAUUCAACCAUCCUCAGAACACUUAACUCCUUUACACCCAGACUUUCUUCAAGUCUGUUUAUUAUCAAAGUGUUAUAAAACUGGUUAUAGCAUCUUGGAGGAUGAUGUAUACGAAGUUGAUCAACCAAGGGACUUUUUCCUAUACUGCUAUUACGGGGGGAUGAUUUGCAUAGGACAAAAACGUUUUGCCAAAGCAUUGGAACUCUUCCACAAUGUGGUAACUGCUCCUAUGUCUUCCAUGAACGCAAUAGCUGUUGAAGCAUACAAGAAAUACAUAUUGGUUUCACUCAUUCACCUUCGCCAGUUUUCUGCCACAUUCCCCAAGUAUACUUCUUCAGUUGCUCAAAGGAAUUUAAAGAACUUCUCUCAGCCCUACAUUGAGUUGGCAAAUAGUUACAGCACUGGAAAUAUUUCAGAACUUGAAGCAUUUGUAGUAGCGAAUCAGGAGAAGUUUGAGAAUGGAAACAAUCUUGGAUUGGUAAAGCAGGUUGUGUCAUCUAUGUACAAAAGGAAUAUUCAGAGGUUGACUCAGACAUAUUUGACUUUAUCCCUUCAAGACAUAGCCAACACUGCACAGAUAAGUACUGCUAAGGAGGCUGAAAUGCAUGUACUUGAAAUGAUUGAGGAUGGUGAGAUCUAUGCAACUAUCAACCAGAAGGAUGGCAUGGUUAGAUUCCUUGAGGAUCCUGAGGAAUACAAAACAUGUGAGAUGAUUGAGCAUAUUGAUUCAUCGAUCUCAAGAAUCAUGAAACUGUCAAAGAAGCUGACAACUAUGGAUGAGUCUAUGGCAUGUGAUCCCCUUUAUCUGUCCAAGGUUGGGAGAGAGCGACAACGAUUUGACUUUGAUGAUUUUGAUGGUGUACCUCAGAAGUCGUUACAUUUUCAUGUUUGUAGUCAAAACCCUAUGAGGAUCAAUCCAUUCGAAGUAGUUAUAAUCUUUGGUAGCAUCCUUGACAUGAUAAAGGAACUAGCUUGAAGUAGAAUCAUGUUAAUUUGAGGUUAAGACUGAAAGGAGUGGGCUCAAUUACCUUGUUGACAUGGCAGAGCUGGCUUAGCAAAUGCCAGAUUUGAGGAUAAAGACCGAAGUGGGCUCGUCUGGCUCGGCAAACAUUGUGUUGAGUUUUUGUGGCACCCGUCACCUCUUUUGCCAUUUUAUCGGAUCAAACAACUCUCUGUUCAAGAUUUAUACCAUAAAAAUAUCUUUUUCAAACUCUCCAAACAACCAAAAGACGAACUAAAAAUAACCCAAACUCUCCAAACGACCUAUUUUUUCACUUCAUGAAAUCCAUUAUGGUAGUAUGAUAUUGUAUUAUGGUAAAUACCCAAUGCAAACCGAAGUCACCCUCAUGAAAUUCGAACACCUUGAAUAUGUUCUAGAAACCCAACCCCAAUUCCUACCCGAAAUGCAAGUCGAGUCUAAAAGAAAAAGAAAGGCCCCCAAUAGAGAUUUGGAUCUAAAAGAAGAAGAGGUGUUGGCCAUGCAUGAGUCGAUCUAUCGAAGGACCAGAAGGCCAACAAUGAAUGGGCAAAUAUAAAUCAACUUCAGAUGCAAUUUGUUUUGGUGAGCUACAAGAAAUAAGAUCGGAUAAAAAUUUGAACAAAUACUUUGGAGUUCGCAAAAAGAAAAUGAACGUAAGAAGGAAAAAGCUCGUGACAUGAAACUUUCAAUGCAAGACGUGAUCAACUUCAUUGGAGACGAUCGAAUUGGCUCUGGUGGUAAAAGUCGAAAUCAAGAAAAUAUAUGACAUAUAGUUUUUUAU